GAACGUGACGGCUGGAUCGCUUCGUACGCACGCAAGUUUCAUAAGGCCGCUCGUAUAAAGUCUCGCUGGCUUCGCGCUCAUUCUCAUUAGAACUGUGCCAGGAGCCUCCAUCAACUGUGUGUGAAGUUGUUUAUACGCGAUGCUGCUCCUGUACAAAUAGAUCGUGACCCUCCUGUGUUAUCAGCACUGUGGGCUGUUUUAAAACGUAGGACAUUAGGAAAAAGUGUAUUCAGUUGGAUUUAUUAUCCUGUUAUUGUAUUACUAUCUAUAGAUGUGCGUUUAAUCAGGAGUAUCAUGUCACAUGUACUUCCCUUACUGGUUUGCAGGGGUUCCCUCCUGCCGCUGGAAACUAAAGAUGGGUAUGAGGAUCAAACUAAACAGCAGCGACCAUCCCAGCAACUUGCUGCGAGAAUUAAACAAAGCAAGGCUGUCAGAGACAUUAUGUGAUGUUACUAUUGUUGUGGGGAACCGAUCCUUUGCGGCUCACAAAGCUGUGUUAGGCUCUGCAGCAACUUAUUUCCACAAGCUGUUCUUAAGCACUGAACUGGAUGUAGCUCGUACAUAUGUUGUGGACUUCAUAACCUCCACUAACUUUGAAAAAGUGUUAAGCUUCAUCUACACUUCUGAGCUGUUCACUGAUCUGAUAAAUGUUGGCGUCAUUUAUGAAGUUGCAGAAAAACUUGGAAUGGAAGAUUUACUGAAAGCCUGCCAUGCAACUUUUCCUGACUUAGAGGGUUCAUCUGGACAGAAGAAUCAAUGUUCUGUGUCCUCAAGUGAAGGCCGCUCAAGCACAUUGAGUGUUGCCUCCACAGAGCAAAGCCAUGGUGAGUCAAAACGCAAUGGAUUGGAUAAUCACCUAUCUAAUACUGAUAAAAGUUUAACUGGGCAAGGAGAUAAUUUAGCAUGCUUUAAAGGUGAGGAACAGGAGGCUAAUUUAAAUCAAGCACCAAGCUUUGUGCUACAUGCUAAAUCUGAAGAGCAAAGCACAUCAGGGAGAUACCAGUCCUCUCAAUGUUCAGUUAAUUCUGGGUUUGUCCCAACAAGUACCUGCCAGCAGUACAAACCCCAGCAUAAUGGGGAGUACAACAAAAGUGGAUACUUUUCUGGGGAUACUUCCAUAAAUGUAAACCCAAAGGAAUCUCCAGGGGGCUUUGAGGCAAUGGGAGAGCUACACCUUGAAGAGCUGGAAGAAGAGGAGCUGCAGUUUGAUGAGGGUGGCGAUGAAGAUUCAGGACCUUCAGGAGAAGUGAUUGAACUUAGUGAUGGCAGUGAAGAUGAGCUGCUCAUAUUUGGACAAGGAGAAUCACGAAGUAGCAAAGCAAUGCCAUGCCAAGUGUGCAAGAAAGUACUGGAACCAAACUUGCAGCACAUUCGUCAACAUGCGAGGGAACAUGUAGACCCCCGCACCGGCAGCUGCAAGGUUUGCCAGGCUCGCUUUCAUGACCGUGGUGCUAUGGUUACUCAUGUCUUGUCUCACAUAGGUAUUUUUCUGUUUUCCUGUGAUAUGUGUGAGGAUAAGUUUUUCAGCCAGUGGCAGCUCACUCUCCAUCGUGGACAAGAAGGAGCAGUAUCAGAGCACAAUAUUAUUGUACAACCAGGUCAGCCACUUCCAGGUGAAGUAAAUGCAUUUGUUGGGGCAAUGGGUACUGAACUACCCUGUGGAGCCUGUCACAGGACAAUGCUAAGAGAUUUCCACUCUGUACGAUCACAUGCCCUGGAACAUCUUAACCCAAAAGGAUUAUCUUGCAAUUUGUGUGAACAACGGCAUUUGACACUCUGUGGAUUGAUGUGGCACGUCUUCUCUCACAUGUCUAUAUCUGUUUUCUCAUGCUCACUCUGUGCUAGCAGCUUCCUUGAACGGCACCUUCUAGAGAAACACAUGGCUGUUCACCAAAGCCUAGACGAGCCUCUCUUUCGCUGCCACCUCUGCUCCCAAGGCUUCAAAUCGGAAUCUGCACAUCGGCAACAUUUAGCCCAGCAUCGAUGUGGCAGCAUUCCUUCAGACCGCCCUGGGUUUCCUGACUUUGCUCACGUUCAACUGGGAACUUCUAAGAGAAAAUUGUCCGAGGAUUUUCCUGUAGAUGAGCAUUUACUUUCAGGACAGACAGGCCACAGCAAGUACACUUGUAAAGUGUGUGGAAAAUCUUUCUCCCACACCAGUGAGUUCAAUUACCAUCGGCGCAUUCACACUGGCGAAAAGCCGUACCAGUGCAAAGUAUGUCACAAGUUCUUCCGUGGUCGCUCAACCAUAAAGUGCCACCUGAAGACACAUGCAGGGGCCCUGAUGUACAGGUGUACUGUUUGUGGACAUUACAGCUCCACCCUAAACCUCAUGGGAGAGCAUAUUGCAAUUCACCGGGGCAACUUACCUGCAGACUUCACUAUUGACCAAACAUUUAUGUACACAAUUCACUCCAAAGAAACAGAUAAGAGUGGUGAAAGCUGAUACUUUUACAGGUGAACUUGGUAGAGGGCUGUAGUACCCCCACCUCCCAUUUUAAAUUUAUAGUGGCCCAUUCAAGUGAGGUGGAUUAAUUAAUUAAAUUUAGUGUAUUUCCGUGUUUUAACUAUUUGCUACUCUCUCUUUUUUUAAUGGUGUUCAGUCUGCAUUUCAUUGCUUUGUGUAUUCUAAAUCUGUCCAUAUAUUUGAUAGUUUUGAGUCCAGGUUUCUUAUUUAAUAUUUUUAUUUAAAGUCAUUGUGUCUUCACUGCAGAUAAAGGAGAAAUCAUACAUUG